AGGUCUAAAUUAUCAAAAGACUAUUAUUUCUCACGUAUGGACUUCCAUCGAAUACUCAUGAAUAUUAAAUUACGUAGAAUUAUGACGUAUCCCCAAGAUUUUACGUAACUUCAAAUAAAGCCAUAAAUGAGAUGAUUUUCAUAUAUUUGUAUCAUGAAAAUCUUUCUAUCUUUUUUUUUUGAAAAACAUUUUACCUUUUCGUACCCGGUCGCAAAUUUUCGGACAAAGAAUUUUCUGCGAUAAUAACAACCAUGUAUCGAACAAAAGGCUAUAAUAAUAAUAAUUAUGGAGAUCAACAGCUUUGGAUAAAAGUUGAUCUCAAGGAAAUUCGGUUUUAUCCAAGUAGAGAUAUCAUUCGAAAAUUCCAGUGUAGACAAAUAGAAUUAUUAUUUAAAUAUACAAAUAAUUGUAUAGCAAUUAAUUUUAUCGAGGGUCGGGAAGUUCAUGAGAUAAGGAUUCCUCUCGAACAAAUUACUAAAUUUAGAGUUAUUCAAAAUAAACAUAUAGAAUUUGAGUUUUGCAAGGAUUUCAGAAGGGCUUAUUUUGUUCAUCUUAAAAAUAAUCAAAAUUCAAAUACAGUUCAUAAGACUCAAAAAGAUCCAACGAGCGGUUGUAUUAAAGAUGCUACAAAGUUAUCGUUUACACCUUGUGAUAAAGUUCAUCCUAUGACGAUUUUUAUGUUUGAAAUUGGAAUCAAAAAGUGGGCGCCUCGUUUAAUUGAAAGUGAGGAUGACAAAGAUGAAAUACAAAUUCAUGAGGAUCUGAUAAUCGAAGACAACCCUUCACUAAACCCUUCUCUACAUAGUAUUACAUCUGAGUACCUUAUGACAUGCAACUUCAUGGAUUUCACAAGCGACAUUCGCUUGCCUGCUGAAAUUACAUUUUCGGAUUUAUUGAAAGAAAUAAAUAGAAAAUUAGAAUGUGAUGUAAAUACUUUUAAAUAUAAAAUUAAUGAUGAAGAAAUGAUUAUGGUUGAAAAUGAGGGAGAUUGGAAUAUUGCUAAAAUGAAUCUUAGGGAACAAAAGAUUUCAUGUUUCGAUAUCUAUAUAGUGGAGUAAGCUGCAAAUAUAACUGAGAAUAACAAUUGAAAAAGAAC